CUCCCCUCAGCUUAUAAAUCAACAUGGCGGCCGACUUGGAAGGCUAUCCGCUACACAAAUGUGUAUUUAAUGACGAUAAAUGUCGUUUGUCUCAGUUGAUUCGUGUACAUGAUGUCGCACAAAAGGAUAUACAUGGAAACACACCCUUGCACCUUGCUGUGAUUCUGGGACAUAAAGAAUGUAUACACCUUCUCCUUGCACAUGGAGCUCCUGUUCGUAUAAAGAAUACCCAAGGUUGGACACCGCUGGCAGAGUCCAUCAGCUUUGGAGAUCGACAAACAAUUUUGUGUCUACUGAGAAAACUUAAACAACAGUCCCGAGAGUCUCUUGAGAAUCGGAGACCCUCUCUUGUACAGGCACUGCGCGAUAUAGGAGAUUUCUACUUAGAACUCAAGUGGGACUUUCAAAGCUGGGUUCCUUUGGUGUCCAGAAUUCUGCCUUCAGAUGUUUGUAAGAUCCACAAAAAGGGUUGUUGUAUACGCCUUGAUACAACUCUAGUAGAUUUCAAUGACAUGCACUGGGAGCGGGGGGACAUCACAUUUGUGUUUAAUGGAGAGGAGGACCCCCAGCAUAGCCUGACUGUGCUAGAUAACAAACUGUUUGUCUUCCAGAGGAUCAGAUAUGAGGAGAGUGAGCAGGAGAUGGAUGAUGAAGUGGACAUUCUGAUGAGCAGUGACAUAAUGGCUGCCCAAAUGUCAACCAAGAACAUCACAUUCACAAGAGCACAGAGUGGUUGGCUUUUUAGAGAGGAUAAAACGGAAAUGGUUGGUGAUUAUGAAGCUGAUUACUACUUCAUAAAUGGGCUCACUUUAGAUUCCAGAAAAAGGAGGGAACACCUGUCUCCAGAGGACGUACAGAAAAAUAAAGCUAUUAUGGAGAAUCUGACCAAAGGAACCUGGGACAACUGUGAUUUUCAGAGACGUCCAUCCCUGAAUCCCCCAGAAAGACCAAAUAUUACCUGGGAGGAAUACAUGUCUGCCCCUGCCGGUAAACCGCCAUGUCUAGGACGGCAGUGGAUCCCUAAGGGAAGCUCCAAGUCCUUUAAGGCUACAGUGGCAAUGAGCAAAUCUUUCCCUAUGGAUGUCAGUGUUUUACUGGAUGUGCUGGAGGUGAUAGCACCAUUCAAACAAUUUCAGAAACUCAGGGAUUUUAUGACCACAAAGUUGCCUGAUGGAUUCCCUGUAAAAAUAGAGAUCCCGGUGUUUCCAACAGUAACAGCCAAAGUAACAUUCAACUCCUUUGAGUGGAAGGAAGACCUUCCAGACAGAUUGUUUUAUAUCCCACCGGAGUACAUUGAGGAUCCCAAGCGCUUUCCGGAUUUAUGACUCUACCUGGAAAUCUACUUCAUCCACAUACUUACGAGUCUCCGACAAGUGAGCCGACCGCCGAUUAUUGAGGACUCAGACAUUUGUGAAUCGGAGACAGUAGAAGAAGAGUCAGAAUGUUUUGUUGGCAUGGAGAUACCGAUGACCAAUUUGGGUAACUCCUGUGGUGAAAUGACUCUCCUGUUCUAGGUUAAGUUUUGACCUCUUGGUUGGCAAACAUGGCCAUAUUUGUUUUAGUUUCUUGAUGAUUCAUUUUUUGACAGGUGCCUGUUAGAUUCUAAAAAAAAAGUUAUGUUUUACAGUUUUGGGAUUGCACAAUGUUACAUGAUAUCUGCAUGGUGUGUGCACAUAAUCUGCACAAUAGAAUAAGUGUGCAAUUGAAUUGUGCAGAUGAAUGUGGUCAUGAUAAGCGAUCAGAGCAAAGUGUGUGCGAUAGCUAUCGUGGUGAUAUAAAUUUAGGAAAUGAUUAUGAAUUAUGGUAAAACAUUUGGAAUGGUAUUGAUAAAAAGAUGAUAAUAUACAUUUUUUCUUUAAUAAUCUACAUGGACUUCAAUGUGUCGGCUUAGCCAUCUUUGAUUCUAUAUUAGAAAAUGUAAUUAAAUGUUGUCAUUUUUUUCAACUGAGCAGCAGCUUGUGAUCAAAUGGCUAAACUUUGUGACCUUAUUUAUUAUCACUCGCCAUCAAGGCGUGAAAUGUCUGGUGUCACAGAGAAACCAUACUGAGUAAUCAACAUAAGAACACACAGCAAAAUUUUAUAAUUAAUGCAAAUAUUUAAACCUACCAAUGUUAAAUAUAUAUGUUCAGAAAAAGUUGAUUAUCAAAAUAUACUGUUUGUAUUAUUUAUCCUUAUAGGUAUAUGCAAAUAAUUAAAGCUUCAUUUUUUUAUUUUAUACAAAUACAGACUUUCAUUUGAUACCGUUUAAAUUGUGAUUGUAAUCUAUAUUUAUAUACAUCCUUAAGCUUGAUGCAACCCAUUUCAUAUUUAUGUGAUUUCACAAUAUUGCUUGUCCAAUCUUACGAAACUGCACAGCUAUGAGAUACAAUUUUGUGCAGAACAUGUACACACAAUGUGCAGCCGAUGUAUGCAUGAUGUUUUUGGUGCUUUGUGCAAUCCCACAACUGUACUAUAUGGAAUGUGAAAAAAAAAUUGUAUCUUUCUGAAAUACAAAUGUAUUUAAACAGUAAAAAAUAUACACUGUUUAUUUCAAACUGAACACGGAUAGGUCAGCAAGACUUACACUGUUUCUUAUAUAUAAUUAUAUAUCUGUUGUUUAGGAACGUAUAAUCCUCUAUUCUAUUUUCAGAAACAAUAUAAUUUUAGUUAAUCUUGAGUGAAAGAAAAAAAAAAAAAACUACAAUAUGUGUAUGUUGAAGACAUCUUUAAACUUAAUAAUGUUUUACCACAUAAAUUUAAGGAAUCUUUUACCUCUUUAUUUCAAGAUAAAUGCAGAAAACAAAGUGGACAGACAGCACAAUGUGAUAACUGGCAAAUUAAUGAAAUUGGACGAUGCAAAAUUUUGCUGAUUUAACGUUUAUGAUUGAGAUGGUUUGAUCUAAAUUCUUAUGUCCAUGUUAGCUAAUUAAAUGAUUCCAAAAUGAUAAACACACAUACAUAUAACAUCUAUAUGUUUGUGUGUAUGGAUGUACAUGUACAAUGUAUAUAUAUGGAUGAAGUAGAUUUAUAAUAUUGGUGAUAGGUUGUGAAUGGUUUGGACCUACUUUAGACUUUAAGAUAACAUUGGAUGUAGGGUUUACAUCAUAUUGGUGUUAAAAUUCUAAUUAAAUGUCAGUGUCAUACAGCUCAUGAGUGACUGAAAGCAAUCAUUUAAACUUCAAUCGUCCACACAAAGUACUUGAAUUAUCUCCCUUUAAGUAGAGUGUUGCCCUCAAAAGUUACAUGAAUACGCAUGGUGUUUAUUAGUAAAUCAUAUGGUUAUAAAUACUGUGUAAUGGAUCGAAUGGAAAUUAUGUGAUAGUUGUAUAUGUUAUAAUCAAGAGAAUACUUGUUGUCUGGGGAAGGGCAUGUGAAUUUUUGUUUGCUGAAUCCGACUUUUUUUAUACCAGCUGUUAUUGGUAUACAGAGCAUCAGUUGUUGUAGUGUAGUGAACAUGUUUCAUAACACUAUCUCACUUAGUCUAUCACAAUCUUAAGUCAGGUGUGCUGAAAUAUAAACCAAAAUCGCUCUGUACUCAGGAGGAACAUCAAAAAGAUUAAUGUAUCCAAGUUUGUUAUCAAUACCUUGUGGUUGGUUUUUACAAUAUGGAAAUAGCUGACAACACAAGUAUAUAUGUUACAGAUUAUCACAAUGAAAUAGCUGACAACACAAGUAUAUAUGUUACAGAUUAUCACAAUGAAAUAGCUGACAAGAUAAGUAUAUAUGUUACAGAUUAUCACAAUGAAAUAGCUGACAACACAAGUAUAUAUGUUACAGAUUAUCACAAUGAAAUAGCUGACAAGAUAAGUAUAUAUGUUACAGAUUAUCACAAUGAAAUAGCUGACAAGAUAAGUAUAUAUGUUACAGAUUAUCGCAGUGAUGAGUUUAGUUGCAGGAUGAAUGAUUGACUAAAAUUAAAUACUUGUAAUGACUAAUUUUGAAGUCGGCAUACACUGAUGUUCAGUUUCUUGUAUUGAUUAGUAUUUGGAAAAUUAUAAAUGUAUUAUCAGAUUUUUGCCAAACAUACACCACAGAGGCUAAUUUCAUAUGUAUGUAUUAUUUUUAUACCAUUUAUUAAAAGAUUGUUUGUCAGAAACAUACAGGAUAACACCCAUCAGUAUGAAAAUAGUAAUAAACAAGUGGUGUGUGCAGAAUGUUGAUUGAAACUACAUUGUAAAGCUGUCUUGUCAAACUGUUACAUCAUCUUCUAGGUAUUACGUGAAUGAAGUAUUAGUUAAUUUUGAGUGUUUUAUAUGCAUAUAGUUGAUUGAAAUAAUCUGUCUCUUUAUUGUACAACAUUCUGUUUAGGUAUGUAAGCAUUUUGGUGGAUUUUUGUAUACAUGUAUCACAUUCAGUAUUGGAUUUUAGGCUUCUCUAUGACUUCAGCUUUUCACCUGCGGCAGGCUGCAGAUACCCAGUGAAAACAGAUGUGUACAUAUACUCAUAUUCUUAGUAACAUUUUAAUAAAAAAAAAAAAAUGUGAGACCCAUUUUCAAGAUAAGGUAUGGCAGUAUUUGUGAUGUAACUUUAUACUGAGUAAAGGUGUUGUAUUGUGUAUUGAAAUGAUUGAAUUGAAACAUGAAAAUAUCUGGUACUAUGAUUUUUACCUGGCUCACUUUUUAACUUCUACAUACAAAUCAUAAUGAGCAUACUCAUCAUAAGUGCGAUUUUUAAAUUGGGAUAUUUGAAAUGUUCUGAAAAGUUUUUGUGAAAGGCGUGAGCCAAAAAGAGUCACAGCUAUUGUCAAAAGGAAGUAGCCACUAAUAUAUCUAGAAUAUAUAUUGAUCAUAUUAAUGAAUAGGUAAACGUAUUUGGUAAUUUGGCUGAAUGUUUAUUUGGUCACAUGACUGAAUGGUGUGAUUGUGAGAAAUACCUAUGUAUCAAAAUGGCUGCUAUUAUAUCUGUACUAGUAACAUAAUCAUAUACAUGUAUAUGUAUAUUUAUUCCCGACGUGUCCUGUUAGUCUGAGGAGUAAAGUUUAUCCCUGACGCGUCCUGUUAGUCUGAGGAGUAAAUUUUAUCCCUGACGCGUCCUGUUAGUCUGAGGAGUAAAUUUUAUUCCUGACCUGUCCUGUUUGUCUGAGGAGUAAAUUUUAUUCCACGUGUGUCCUGUUUGUCUGAGGAGUAAAUUUUAUUCCACGUGUGUCCUGUUAAUCUGAGGAGUAAAGUUUAUCCCUGACGUGUCCUGUUAAUCUGAGGAGUAAAGUUUAUUCCUGACCUGUCCUGUUAGUCUGAGGAGUAAAUUUUAUUCCUGACCUGUCCUGUUUGUCUGAGGAGUAAAUUUUAUUCCACGUGUGUCCUGUUUGUCUGAGGAGUAAAUUUUAUUCCACGUGUGUCCUGUUAAUCUGAGGAGUAAAGUUUAUCCCUGACGUGUCCUGUUAAUCUGAGGAGUAAAGUUUAUUCCUGACCUGUCCUGUUUGUCUGAGGAGUAAAUUUUAUUCCUGACCUGUCCUGUUUGUCUGAGGAGUAAAUUUUAUUCCACGUGUGUCCUGUUAAUCUGAGGAGUAAAGUUUAUUUCUGACGUGUCCUGUUUGUCUGAGGAGUAAAUUUUAUUCCACGUGUGUCCUGUUAGUCAGAGGAGUACUGAGGGUGUUUUGUUAGUUUUAGGAGGACAGUUUAUUCCGGCAAGGUAUAGUCUGUAUUGUGCUUCAGUGGUCUUAUCCCUUUGGGCGUGGUUUCAUUUGUAUGAUUUGCAGAACAUUGUAUUUAUACACCGGUAUAUCUUUUAUGAAGUAUGAUUACAUCUUUGCUCUGAUAAUCGUACAAAGUAGAUAUUCGUGAGGAUUUUUAAUAACUUAAUGCUAAAAUAUAAUUAAACAUAUUCAUCAACUUUAUUGCAAUAUCUAAUGUUUCUAGGUGUUUGCGUGAAUGUAAGGGAUACUAUCUGAAACAUAUUCAUCAAAUUUAUUGCAACAUUUAAUGUUUCUUGGUGUUUGCGAGAAUAUAUAAAAAAUGAAAUCACCUGCAGAUACAAAUGUCGUAGAUGAACUUACUUAUGCAGACUCAACAAGUCAUAAAAUUCGUAGUGUCCUAUAUAACCAACACAAAACAUUAACAUAUGACAUCAUGAACUGUUUCGUAUAAACACGUAAAAAAUCACUCACUCAGCAAGUGGUGUUGAUACCAUUUUCUGAUUGUUGGAUUACAAGUGUGACUUUCUUGGCAAGUAUGACUUCACUGUGUACCGUCCAUAAACGGCUCUCUUGCAUCAAAGAUCAGUAUUAGCUGAAAAGCUUUUUGAUGUUUUAUGUAUACGGUUCUUAAAAACCUGAUAAUUGUAGUAGAAUAAUUGGACUGAUAGAACGUGACGAAACUCUUGUUAUCGGGAUACCUAUCUCCCUAUAGAGGGACGAUGCUUUAUGAAGGAAAUUCCUACUUAGAAAGUUUAUCUGCAGUUAAUAGAUAAAUAUUUUUUUCACAUGUAUUGUAAAUAUGUGAGGGGAAUCGCGUCCAUACCAAGAAUUAAAUCAGGAACCCAUGUAUCGUCACAAUUAUCGUUUUGAUAAAUGCAUCGUAACCAAGAUUAUAUUAUAAAUAUUGUUACAGUAAUUGAUAUGUAUUAAAUGCCAUGGUUAUUUGUUUUAAUAGUUACUUCUCGCUUGCGCUUCUCUCGGACUAUUGUUUUGUUUAUGUCUGUAAUUACUAAGCUUGCUUUCUAGUCAAUUUAUUUGAAUGGGUGCUUCUUGUAACCAUACUAGUUUCUGUUUUGUAUGGUGUUAUUUACUGGUGACGAACAAAGGAUAAUGUAUUAAUCCGGAUACGUUCCUGGAAACACAAAAUAUCUGUAUGGUGAAACAUUUCUAUAUUGUACGUACACAUUCCUUGAACAUCAGUGUCUGAAAUUUCUUUCUUGUGCCUAAUAAAUGUUUCCUUUGGCCAUCGGGGUUAUAGGGUAUUGGGAUUUAGAAGAAGUGUUCAUUAAUUAUACGUGUCCGAAACAAAAUCUACCAACAAUUAAGUAUCAUAUUUGAUAAAUAAGACGACAGCAUUCGAAUGUGCAGUUAUAAGAUAUUUAAAGCCAUCUUAGAUAUCUCGGAUACCAAUCAUUGUCACUGCCAGGUGACUGAUAACAAAAGAAUAACUUUUUUCGAAAGGAACACUUUCGGUUGUUUCUCAAAUUCUUUGAGGCUAACAAUUAUUGGUUUCUAUACGCUGUUACUUGUUAACAGAACUUAAUGAAUCCACCUACCCGUUCUAGAUCUAUGGAUUUUGGCGAUAACAAAACAUCAAUGCUUAAAUUAAUAAUUUAGUCGCUGAGCUGUAGACAUUGCCAUAUAUGCAGAAUAACAAUUAACCCUGGUACACUUCAUUUGAUUGGAUGAACUACACCGACAGUAUUUCAUUUAAUUAUACACCGAACCCGUCUGCUAAAUGUGAAAAUAUUGUUUUAGCACAUACAAAAGCUUUCAGUAAAACAUGCCGGGGUAUCAUAUGAACACGGUACAUCUUUUUUAUCAGACACAGGUAUUCGGCUGUCGGUGAUUAGGUGUUCACCUUUAAACCUAAUAUACGGGAUGUAACACUAUUAGUUAUUCUAAAAUUCCUAGUGAAACAGUUGGGGAUAUCUUGGAGAGCUGUUGAAUAGAUACACAUACAGUUUGUUGUCUGGUUUCAUAACAAACAUAUUAAUAAGGAUGAGAUGUGUUUGGAGCGGCAUGCGAUAUCCGUUAGCUGUUACAUGAAAAAAAUGGCGUGCAUUUUAACCAAUAUAUCGUGUUAAAACCAAAUUGUCUCCCAUAUGUAUAUAGCUUCAAAGACCUAUUAUAAUAUAUGCAUAUAUGCUAGAUAUAUCUGCAAUAACUGAAAUGAAUUAUAUUUUCGAAAACUUUUGACUGAAUGAAAAGAAAGCAAGAGGCGCCGUCCGUCUGGUGUAAACGUUUUUCCAACAGAUUUCUUUGAAACUUGGUAGGCUUUAUAAUCAUGAUACAUGGCUGUUCCUCCCUGAGAGGCAUUUCGAUUCGACUGUUUUGCAAUAUUAUCCCUCUUUGUUUAUAUCUAUUUGAUUUCCUUUGUUACUAGUUAACACGCGUUUCAAUUGGACUACGUGUCACCUUGGUCAAUAGCUAGACUAUCAUUAUUAAAUUGAAAAUUUGAUAAGAAAUGAUUGCGAAGUAUUUGUAGUCCUGCUCACAUGCUUCGAUCUACGACUUCUAUGAUUGAGGUAUUUCAAAUUCCCCAUACAUGUACAAAGUAUCUUAAUUACACUUAAGUCCUGGACAUAUCUUAUUAGAAUAUAACGUGCAGGUUUGUUAGGACUUUGUGCAAGAUCAGUAUACUGUUAACAUAGCUAUCAGUUAUGGUAUGGAUAAGAAAAGUUUGGCAUAUCAGAGGUCAUCGCCAAUUUUAAUGACGAUAUACCAGCAUAUAGGUAAUAUGUAACGAAUCAAAUAUGAUGUUUUGAUCCCAGCAAUCUUGUAUAUGCCAUCAUGUGGUAUAUGGAGCAUGUAUUCAAUUUAUCACUUGUUCAUCUCUAUAAUCAUGACUGUGAGGGUUUAUUUGAUUAAUGUAUGCCAAUACAAAUACAAUGUUACACAUGUAUACGAUUUAAGUCUUAAUUAGUCAUUACCAUUUCCUUCAAAUCAUGAUAGGAUUUUAAGUAUGGAUUUUUGGAAUUUGUAAACAGUUGCCACAAACGUUAAAUUGAGUUUUAUUUAACAGCGAUAUCCAUCUAGUUUUACCCCAGGGUAGGAAAACUGCAUCAAAUGUAAACAUAGUACACUGACAUGUGCUGGAUAUGUUUAUAUGAUACUUAUUAAUUAGGAAAAAGAGAUCGAUCACAUCUUAAAGUAAGCUUUGACCUCGAGCUUGUAGUUCAUAAGUGUGAUCAUUCCAUGUUUGUGUUCACACCAAACACACUGACACGCAUAUUAUAGGUUCCUUACCAAAGUAGAACGUGUAUGAUAAACUGACGCUUUUAGAUUUAUUCCUAAUUUCUGUAAGCUUCGAUUGACACUCAAGUUUUGUGAAUUUACUUUCAGGGCUUUGUUAAUACUCAUUCAUUAAUUAUGUACGCUUAUUGAAGCUUUUUGUAUGAGUAUUAAAAGGAUAUAAUGCUUACUUAAUUUUAUUAUCUGGUGAAUUACGAAUAUGUAUAUUAACUUUGUAUUAUGCUAUCACAAGGCCCACAUUACAUGUGUUUCAACAUGAUGGUUUUUACAUUGAGAAACGUUGUCAUGGAUGUUUUAAAGAUGAUAUCUUUAAUGUCCAUUUUUAUAACAUAUAGUAUACAUAGCGUUUACUGCUGUCAUAAGUGUUGUAGUCCAGAAGGCGAUAUCUCAGGGGAAACGCACCAUUUUAUUCACCUGGAAAUAAUUUAAUCAGGUAGUUUGUUAUUUCCAUCAGCACCUAAGACCUGUAUCUCGAAAAUAGUUUGGAAGUGCUAAAAUGUCCACCUAGGAGUCGACGCGUAUUAGUAGAGGUUUCCGUCAGUGUGUCCUCCCUUUUUAACAGCGAUGGGUAAAGCGCCACACCUAUUUGUUAAUUAAGGCAGGAGAAAGAUCUAUGUUUUCAUUUCCCAUGUAGCGCAUUGCGUUGUACGUUUUAUAUUGUGCUUGAAUACAACUACAUGUAUAAUGAUUUAUUGGAACUUGUCUAUUUCAUUGAUGAAUAUGUCACAACAACAAAUAAUUCACAGUGAAAUAAAGAGAGCAUGGAUUGUGACUCCUUAAUACAUCAAGUGCCUUUUCAAUAUAUUUAUUUUCCAGAAACACAAAAUAUUUUUAAAAGAUUUAUCAUGCACAACCUGCUGGUAGGCAUACAUCCAUUUAAAGAAAGGCUUAGACAUAUGGCCGAAAUAUAUUUCAUGGUUAGCCACACAAAUAUCGCGUCGGUCCGUCUGUCUGUCCGUAUAAUAAAUUUGUUGAGCAUGUCCCUUUCAUCAAGUAUGGAUACACAUAUUAAUGAAUGUUUUAUGUCGUUACAUAUAGAGGAAUGGUAUACAUGUUAAUGCAUCUUGAUGAUUACUACAUCACUAUAAUAAAUUUAGUUACUGCCAAAUAUAGUAUCUGCUUCAUUGGUUUUGUACUGAAUUCUUUUUCUAUACCAUAGAGUGCACGGGGAAAUAUUUGUUUUACAACCAUUUAAAUGGCAUGAUACAUAAGAGGCCAAUAAGGGAGUAAUAGUAAUUAACUGUAUGUUAGCCAAACUAAACUUAAUAAUUGCCACCGUUAUUUUUGUUAAAUUCUUUCAAUAUGACUCCACAUGCCCUGUAUGAUGAGUGUUUAUCCGUUAAUAAUUGUGUUACUAUUUUGUAGACCCAAACAGAAACUUCCCCUUUGCUCAGGACUUAUAAUUGUGAACAUACCAUGUAAAGGUCGAUAUAUGUAGCAUUAUAAUGAUACAUAUGUUCAACUCACUGCAGUAGCUACAACAGAGUUUUCUUGCAUGCAUUUUAAAACUAUUGAUAGAUAAAAAAAAAAAAAAAAAACGAAUGAAAUCCCCGAACCUCCUUUGGAAGAUUUCCGUACCUACCUGUACACAGCCUAAUGUAGAACGGUUGACGCUUAAGGAGCUCUUUGAUUGAUCAUAGUGUUAACUAAAACAUACUGAAUGUACUUGUCCGGUAUAUAUACGUGAAACCUUAGCUUGUAUAUAUGACAUUCACUCUGCUGCGUCAUUUAUAUAUAUGGUGUAAACUGCUUGUCUGUCUGGUGUCUUAUUACACCAGGAGUAUAUUUUAUUCUGUCUUGUAUCGCUAUCACUUGUUUCUGUAUAUUUGUAUAAACAUGUUAUUUAUUUGAUAGAUCUAUGUGUUUAAGAUGAUUUUUCUCUAACGCUUGCAUCGACAGCUUUAUGUACUUGUAGUCCUUCUUGAAGUACACUAUCAUGUGUUGUAUCUCAUAUACAACGUUAUUAAAAUUACAUGUCAAUAUCAUGUAUUAAAUCAAUACAAUUAAAUUUUGUGAA